AUGGCGUGGGAUCAUUUGGAUAUCGAUAAGCCCCAUGUGGCGUACAUGAUCUUGGGAGGCUUUACGAGUCUGUUCAUGCUGUGCUCCUUGUUUGUCAAGGAGAAGCUGUACAUCGGCGAAGCCACGGUUGCUACGCUCUGCGGUAUCAUUUUCGGGCCUCAUGCGGCCAAUCUGUUCAAUCCCCUCUCGUGGGGCAACGUCGACAAAAUCACCCUGGAAUGCUCCCGUAUCGUUCUGGUCGUCCAAUGUUUCGCCGUCGGUGUCGAAUUGCCCAAAGCCUACAUGGAGCGUCAUUGGAAGUCCGUCUUCCUGCUGCUGGUGCCCGUCAUGACCUGGGGCUGGCUAGUAACGAGUCUCUUUAUCUGGUGGAUGGUUCCGCCUCUCUCAUGGCUGGAGAGCCUUGUGUGCGCCGCGUGCGUGACCGCCACGGACCCCGUGCUUGCGUCGUCCGUCGUUGGUAAAGGUAAAUUUGCGCGAAGAGUUCCAAAGCAUUUGCGAGACUUGUUGUCCGCCGAGUCUGGCUGCAACGACGGAAUGGCGUUUCCUUUCAUCUAUCUAGCGUUCUACAUCUGGCGCUACCGUCCCGAUGCCGGGAAGGUGUCGCUGAACUGGUUCUGCGUGACGAUUCUAUACGAGUGUGUUUUCGGCGCCGUCUACGGAUUUAUCAUCGGAUAUCUGGCCCGGCAUUCGAUCAAAUUGGCCGAGCGCAAAGGGCUGAUUGACCGGGAAAGUUUCCUGGUGUUCUACUUCGUGCUGGCGGUCUUCUGCGCCGGCUCGGGCAGUCUGUUGGGCAUGGACGAUCUCCUGAUAGGUUUCUCGGCGGGUGUCGGCUUUAGUAACGAUGGCUGGUUCACGGAGAAAACCGAAGAAUCGCACGUGUCCAACGUCAUCGAUCUCCUGCUCAACUUGGCCUACUUCGUGUACUUCGGGUCCAUUAUCCCCUGGGAGGACUACAACAACCCGUCCAUUGGCCUCGUGCCCUGGAGGCUCGUAGUCAUUGCCCUGCUGGUUAUCUUCUUCCGUCGCAUUCCCAUCAUGUUAAUGCUGAAGCCCAUUAUACCGGACGUGAAAACGUGGCGCGAGGCCCUUUUCGCCGGCCACUUUGGCCCCAUUGGGGUUGGUGCGGUGUUCGCUUCCAUCCUGGCCCGGGCUGAACUUGAAUCCGACAGCACUGAACCCUGGUCGGAGUCCGAGUUGCCGGGCCCGGGAAGCUCCAAUUACUAUAUCGUGCAGCUAAUCUGGCCCGUCACCACGUUCAUGGUCAUCUCGUCCAUCUUGGUCCAUGGCUCCUCCAUCGCCGUCUUCACCUUAGGAAAGCGCAUUAACACCUUGACCAUCACGCUCUCCUACACCACAGCCAACGAUGAGGGUCCAUCUUGGAUGAACCGCCUGCCUCGCGUGCAAUCUUUGGCGAAGGGUUCAAUGUCUUUCCGGAAACCGGAUGAUGUGGAGGAAUCGUCCAACGAGCCGGAGUAUCCCCCGGGGACUCUUCCGCCCAUCGGUGUUCCUGGUAACUUCUUGCGUCGGGUUCGUGAUGAGGAUACGGAGUCGACCGGUGGUAGGUCCGCUCGUCGGCGCCGCAGACGUCGCAGACGCGACGAUGGCGCCGGCGGUCCAAUUAGUCAAUCUGCCAUCGCACCCCAAAGGACGCUGGACACGGAGUCAGAUGAACAAAGGGAAAAGAGCGAUGAAUCCGAGGAGCGCGACAAGAUUGAGCGCGAGGCUUCCCCGCCUUCUAAGGAAGGCGAGAAGUUUGGACGGGAGCCUGCUCUUGAAGUCUACUUAGAAGGUCACAAUAUGAUCAUGGAAGAUGAAGAAGGCAACGUGCUCAAGGUGGAAGAUGUUAGUCACAUGUCUACUGAGGAGCAGCAGCGCCAUAUGGAGCAGCAGCGCCAGAAGCUACAGGAACAGUCGGAUCAAUACGCCCAGUCCCGUACCAAACCUCAUCGCAGGACCGAAGGAGAGGAAAUCGAGGAGGCUGUCGGUGAGAAAACCGGUCAUCCCUUGGAUAGGGCUCGCAUGCGGUUUGGCCAGUGGUUCGGAUUCGGAAAGAGUCGUGCGGAAGACCAAGAUGACCGAGAAGCCCAGAAGAUUGCCGACAAGAAGAAAACUGAGGAAGCAUCGAGAAAGCCCAAACGCAAAGGUCGCUCAGCUCAUGCUUACCAAUUCGGCAACACCAUCAUUGUCGAGGACGAAGACGGAGAAGUCAUCAAGAAAUACUCCAUUCCUUCCACGGAUGCCCCCGAGGCUGAUGCUCCGGUUCGACGCGGGUUGACGCGAAUGGGAACUUGGUUCGGCAUGGAAGAGGAGGGCGAGUCGUCGCAGGCAGCCCGCAAGGCCGCUCAGGACGAUUGGUUGGCGGAUGACGGUCUUCGCUUCACAUUGGCGGACGACAAUGAAGUGGGCAAGAGAGGCGUCGAGCACAAGGGUCGCCGGAUGACCAAACAUGAGUUCGCUCAGCAGAUCCGUAACCUGGGGCCCAAAGCGCGGCGGGAUCUGGUGGAGGAGACCGAUGCGCCGGAGCGGGUGAAGAAUGUGGCUCGCCAAGAGGCCCGGAAGGCGGAUUCGCAAGAGCGCCGCAAAUCGGACCCUGGCGUGGCCACGCAAACUCCUGUGCCGGUCGCGGAUGACGAAACCGGCUCCGGCAGCGAAUUCAGCGAGGACGAAUCGGACGAAGAUGAAGUGGCUGGGGACAUUGCCGCUUCGUUGGCCCGCUUCACGCGUGGCACGGCAGCUGAGGAGCGGCGCAGUACCCACCUCAGCAGUCCUCCAGCUCCCUCUCCGAAAUCGCGUCCUCGGUCGCGCCGGGACUCUGAAGAUGACGGCACCGAACGUAUUCCGCCGGCUCAGCUGCGCGAAGCCGCCGGGCUGUCACGUCCACCCCAGCAAGCGGACUUGGAUGACACCGGUGAGACACCGGCGGAACGACGCCGUCGUCUGGCCGCCCUGGGUGAAAUCAAUGACUCGGACGAUUCCGAUGAUCCGGAUGCUGCUCUGGAGUCCGAUGAAGAGAGCAAUGAUAUUGAUGCCGGGGCGAAGGUUUCAUUUGCGGACGGCACGAAGCCCGCCGGAAGCCGACAACAGUCGGGCGACACCUCCAGCGAGGGUCAAGAAAACAGCUCCCCGUAUGCUCGGCAGAGUCGCAGUCAUAGUCGCCGAAGCAUCUCCUGGGGAGGUGAGAAGGGCCGAGAGAACUGA